AUGCUUGAUGAAUUAGAAUUAUUGGUUGAAAAAGAAUUAGCUAAGUUAAAUUCCCUUAACGGAAAAGACAAGGUCCCCUAGGUUGUUCAACAACCAUUGAUGUAGAACAAGGAUAAAGUCAAUCUCAUCAUCUCCAUUGACAAUAAACCAAAAGAUAUUAAACAUCCAUCAACUGAGCAAUGUUCAUUCAGACCCAUGUUAUCGAGGAAGUCCCUGAGGAUUGCUGAAAAAUUGGGGGAUGCCAAGGAAAGACUUACUAAGCCUAGAUCAGUCACGCCUGAAAUCAAGGAAUAAUCUUAGUCGCAAACAAGGAAACGAACUGUCUCUGGAGUUGCACCAAGAUGGGAAUAGUUAUACACUUUAGAUCAAUUUUAUAAGACAAAGAAGGAAGCAUUGAAAUUGUAAAUAGAAAUGGAUAGAUCAAAAGAUAAUGAGACAACCUUCUAGCCAGAUCUUUCAAAGAGUUAAACUAAGUAUUGUGAUUUUACCAUGCCUUUUGAAUAGAGAAAUCGAUAUUGGGAAACUAAGAAAUAAGAAAAACUUAUUUAAUAUUAGAAGGAUGUACAAAAUGAAAGUCAAACGGUAUGCACCUUUAAACCUCAAGUAAAUAAAAAAAUAGCACAAAAAAGUGUCAAAGUAUCAGAAUUCAAUAAAAAAGGACUCAUCACCUACUUCGAAAGAGUCUAACAAGCCAAUAAGAAGAAAGAAGAACCCAAAAAAUCCUCAAAAUGGAAACCUGGAGUUACAAUACCACAAGAAUUCAAAUUAAGUCAUACCAAUAGAUAAAUAUGA